AUGACAACCAUGGAUCUUCGCGUCGGUAACAAAUACCGCAUCGGUCGCAAGAUCGGUUCCGGUUCUUUUGGUGAUAUUUACCUCGGCACUAACAUCAUCUCCGGUGAGGAGAUUGCUAUCAAGCUUGAGUCUGUCAAGGCCAAGCACCCUCAGCUUGAAUAUGAAGCUCGCGUCUACAAGUCCCUCGCCGGUGGAGUUGGUAUUCCCUUCGUUCGUUGGUUCGGAACCGAGUGUGACUACAAUGCCAUGGUCCUGGAUCUCCUUGGCCCCAGUCUGGAGGAUCUCUUCAACUUCUGCAACCGAAAGUUUUCUCUGAAGACUGUCCUCCUUCUUGCUGACCAGCUGAUUUCUCGCAUCGAGUACAUCCAUGCCAAGUCCUUCAUUCACCGUGAUAUCAAGCCCGACAACUUCCUGAUGGGCAUUGGCAAGCGUGGAAACCAGGUCAACGUCAUCGACUUCGGUCUUGCUAAAAAGUACCGCGACCCCAAGACCCACUUCCACAUUCCUUACAGAGAGAACAAGAACCUUACUGGUACCGCUCGAUAUGCCUCGAUCAACACCCAUCUUGGUGUUGAGCAAUCCCGCCGCGAUGAUAUGGAGUCCCUUGGAUAUGUCAUGCUCUACUUCUGCCGGGGAUCUCUUCCCUGGCAGGGACUUAAGGCUGCCACCAAGAAGCAGAAGUAUGACCGUAUCAUGGAGAAGAAGAUGACCACACCUACCGAGGUCCUUUGCCGUGGCUUCCCCAACGAGUUCGCCAUCUACCUCAACUACACUCGAUCCCUCCGAUUCGACGACAAGCCGGACUACAGCUACCUCCGCAAGAUUUUCCGCGACCUCUUCGUCCGUGAAGGAUUCCAGUACGACUACGUCUUCGACUGGACCGUGUACAAGUACCAGAAGAACGCCCAGGCCAUUGCCCAGGCCACCGGACAGGCCAAUGACGACGAAGAGAAGGCCCGUGCCGCCCGUGCCAAUGCUGCUGCUGGACAGUCUGGAGCUGCCAAGCCCAAUGCUAUUCCCAGCUCUCGCCGCAAGAUGCUCGAACGUGGAUCUGGUGCUGGCGUUGACACCCCGGAUACCAACCGUGCCAUCGGUGGAAGCGACAGGAUGUGA